UGCUGUUUGCAUCAUGUCGUGUGGAUCGGAGAUAAACGAAUAGGAAGCGUCGCUUUGUUUGGGUAAAAUGGAAAAAGCCCGGUUGUAGAACUUUAGAGAGAUGGGCUCACUGGGCAGUCGGCUUCAGGCGUCCUCCAGCAGAACUGAGGAGCCAGCGGAGGGGACCUGCACGGGUGCAGGUCACAGCUGUGAGUGCAGGAAGAGGAAGCGCAGCUCGCCUUGUCAGUGCGACAGCGAGGCCGAGGAGGAAGACAGCCUGCUCAACACACCGCGCAGGAAGAAGCUGAAAAGCACUUCAAAGUACAUCUACCAGACUUUGUUCCUCAAUGGGGAGAACAGUGACAUCCGAAUCUGUGCAUUGGGGCAGGAGUGGAACCUGCACAAGGUUUACCUGUGCCAGUCGGGGUAUUUUUCAAGCAUGUUCAGUGGCUCCUGGAAGGAGUCUAGUAUGACAACCAUUGAAUUGGAGAUUCCAGACCAGAACAUCGACACAGAGGCACUACAGGUGGCAUUUGGCUCUCUGUACCGGGACGAUGUCUUGAUCAAGCCCAGUCGAGUUAUCAGUAUCCUAGCUGCUGCCUGCAUGCUCCAGCUGGAUGGUUUGAUUCAGCAAUGUGGGGAGACCAUGAAAGAGACCAUCAAUGCAAAGACUGUGUGCGGCUACUACUCCUCUGCUGGAAUGUACGGACUUGACUCAGUCACAAAGAAAUGUCUGGAGUGGCUGCUUAAUAAUCUGAUGACCCACCAAAACGUGGAGCUCAUGAAGGAGCUAGGUGUGGGGGUCAUGGAGCAGCUGGUGCAGUCGUCCGACCUGUUUGUCAUGCAAGUGGAGAUGGAUGUCUACACAGCACUGAAGAAGUGGAUGUUUCUUAAGCUCUGCCCUUCUUGGAAUGGUCCUAUCAAGCAGCUCCUUGCUGAUGCAGACAACUGGAUCUGCAAGAGCAGGAGUGAGCGGGGUGAGGAGGAAGCUUUCCUGAACACUGAACAGGGGGCACCUUUCGCCCCAGUAUUCAGACAGGUGCGAUUACAGUACAUCAUCAACGACCUGGCCUCAGCUCGCAUUCUGGAAAGGGACAACAUUCUGCCUCACGAUUGGCUAUCUGCUGUGUAUAAGCUGCAGUGGUUUGCUAUGCUGCGGACAGAACAUGACAAUGAUACCGGGCCACAGGAAGCCAACAAAGAGGAGUUUGAUUUGAACAGUAUGAGGUGUGGCAGGAAACUGGCCAAAGAUGGAGAUUAUUGCUGGCGGUGGACAGGCUUCAACUUCGGCUUUGACCUUCUGGUGACGUACACCAACCGCUUCAUUGUCUUCAAGAGGAACACUCUGAGCCAGCCGUGCGGAGGCUCUGUCAGCCUGCAGCCACGCAGACACAUUGCGUACAGGCUGCGCUUGGCCUCCUUUGACGCCAGUGGGAAACUUGUUUGCAGCCGCUCCACUGGCUACCAGCUACUCACUCUGGAAAAGGACCAGGAAUAUGUUGUGAUGAACUUGGACAGUCGGCUUCUGGCCUUCCCCCUCUAUGUCUGUUGCAACUUCCUCUACACCUCGCCACCAUCAGGCCGUCGAGCUGAUGCCCCAGAGCCAGAGAGCAGCGCCCACAGCGUGUCCUGACCCUGCCUCCAUCAGUGGAAACCGGCUUCUUGGAUGGUCCACUCACUGACAGUCUUAGGGGAAACUUUUUUCCUCUUAGACCCACCACUGCACUGGGACUUUGGUGGUUGGGGAUAUAACGCAUGACAAAAAAAAAAAAAAAAACCAAAACCCCCAGCCCUCUUUAAAAACACCAGGAACAGAGCUUCUGAACUGUCAGGGCGAAGUGAUCUGACUUGUUUUUUACCUUAACUGAGCUUUACUCUAAUGAAGAAACUUUUCAUGUUUUUUUUUUUUUUUUUUUUGAUAAAUACAUAUUGGCAUUCUUUAUAAUAUGCAUAGUUAUUGCUAAUUAAUUCAUAGUUACCACUAAUUAAUUUCUAAGUAAAAAUAUCUCCGUAAUACAAAUGUUUUCUUU